UUCUUUUUUCCUUUUCAAUACAAAAUCAACUUUAACAUUUUACAACAACAGACCCACCCCCCUUUGGUUUUAAAAUAAGAACAGCUCCUCUGGUUCUAUUUCUCUCUCGCUCGCUCGCUCGCUAUUCAUAGUAAUCGCCGAUUUUCAUCAGAUGGAGAUGAAGCAGCAAGACUUAUCUGCUUUUGAGACUAAUGACUCUACCACUACAAGUUUGCAUGAAAGUAACACUUUGAGUAAGGGUGAUUCUACAACAAAUGGGUCUGUCAAUGAUCAAAAUGUAUAUAACCCAACUAAUGUUGGAGUUGGUAAACAAAAUGAGGCUUCCGGUAACUCACAAAGUGUUCCUUACAUUUAUCGACAAGAUGUUGUCAGGAGUAAUAUAAACGGUUCAAUUGGGAUUGUGAGUGAAGUUGCUGGCGACUCCGAUUCAGAUGGAAGCAUAACUGAUGAUGAAGACGAUGAAGAUGAAGAUAAAUAUAAUGAGGACGGUGAAGAUGAAAGCGGUGAUGUUGAUGCCAAUAGCAAUGCUAAUGGGAGUGGUGAGGGGAACAAAGGUGACCGUGAUUAUAAGUGUGGUGAUCUUCAAGCUGAUCAAAUUCGGGUACUGUGGAUGGAUGAUACUGAACCUGUUCAGAGUAUUAAGAAUGUAACUGUUGUUGAUCGGGGUUUCCUGCAUGGUGAUUAUGUAGCUGCUGCUUCAAAUUCAACUGGGCAGGUGGGUGUUGUGGUGGAUGUCAAUAUCUCUAUCGAUCUGUUAGCUCCUGAUGGAUCUACUAUAAAAGAUAUCUCCACUAGAGAUUUGCAACGUGUGAGGGAUUUUGCUGUGGGUGAUUAUGUGGUCCUUGGUCCUUGGCUAGGUAGAAUAGAUGAUGUUUUAGAUAAUGUCAAUGUGUUGUUUGAUGAUGGCUCUGAGUGCAAAGUUAUGAGGGCUGAACCAUUGCGUCUCAAACCAACUACUAGGAAUACCCUUGAAGAUGAUAGUAAUUUUCCAUAUUAUCCUGGCCAGCGUGUAAAGGCCAGCUCUUCGUCUGUUUUCAAGAAUUCUAGGUGGUUAUCUGGUUUAUGGAAGCCAAACCGGUUGGAAGGUACAGUAACUAAAGUUACAGCUGGAUCUGUGUUUAUUUACUGGAUAGCCUCUGCUGGCUAUGGGCCUGAUUCUUCCACUGCACCAGCUGAAGAACAGAAUCCAAAGAAUCUAAGACUGUUGUCUUGUUUUACACAUGCAAAUUGGCAAGUGGGUGAUUGGUGUCUUCUUCCAACUUCAUUGCAAUCCAUUCCUUUGGACAAGGGUUUUUCUAACCUGCAACUUAAUGGCUCCAUGAGAAAUGGGAGAAAUCAUGAAUGUGAAUCAGAAGAGGUUACUCCUGAUGAACCAAAUGAUAAUACUGAAUCCAUGGAUCUUGAUGAAAUGCCUACACCUGAUGAAAACAAUGCAAUUGUUGAAACUAAAGACAAUGGAAAUGUUGAAAAUAAAGUCUCACUUGAAUCUAGCUCUUGUAGCAGUUCAUUAUCAGCUUUAAAGGAGACUGUCCAUGAGCAUUGGCCUCUUCACCGCAAGAAAGUCCGUAAAGUUGUGAUUAGGAAAGACAAGAAAGCAAAAAAGAAAGGGGAUAAUUUUGAAAGGGCUCUUUUAAUUGUCAAUAGUAGAACAAGGGUUGAUGUCGCAUGGCAGGAUGGAACAGUGGAACGUGGAGUGGAUGCAACAAAGUUGGUCCCAAUUGAAACUCCUGGUGAUCAUGAAUUUGUUGCAGAGCAGUAUGUGGUGGAGAAAACCUCUGAUGAUGGUGAUGAUGUAUAUGAACCCAGGCGUGUUGGGGUGGUCAAAAGUGUUAAUGCAAAGGAACGGACAGCUUGUGUAAAGUGGUUGAAGCCAGUUGCCAGAGCAGAGGACCCUCGUGAGUUUGACAAGGAGGAAAUUGUAAGUGUGUACGAGCUGGAAGGACAUCCAGAUUAUGAUUACUGUUAUGGUGAUGUAGUAGUUCGAUUACCUCCAGCUUCUUUUCCCAUUCAAUCUGCUUCUGAAGAAGGCUCCCUUAAAGAACCAAAGCAGGAAGAUGGAUCAAAGGAGGUGAAACUGGACUUCCAAAAGCACUCAGGAAGUAACAGAGUAGAAGGUGCCCCGCUUAAUGAAGCUUUCAUGGACUUCACAGAUCUCUCUUGGGUUGGGAACAUAACUGGCCUGAAAAAUGGUGAUAUUGAGGUUACAUGGGCUGAUGGGAUGGUUUCAACGGUUGGACCUCAAGCAAUUUAUGUUGUUGGCCGAGAUGAUGAUGAAUCAAUUGCUGCUGGGAGUGAAGUAAGUGAUGAUGCUGCUAGUUGGGAAACUGUUAAUGAUGAUGAGAUGGAUGCUCUUGAGAAUGCUCAAGAGGAUCUGGAGCCACUAAAAGCCAGUGUUUCAGAAGCAGAAGAGGGUAUGGAAAAUGAUUCUGGAAGGAAUAAAGCAUUAUCUCUCCCCUUAGCUGCAUUUGAUUUUGUCACCAGACUAGCAAGUGGAUUGUUUUCAGGAAGACGAAAAAAUGAUCAAAUUGGUUUGGAUUCUGAAGGAGAAAAUGAAUAUGAACUUCAGGGCAGAGAUUCCAGCUAUGAGUCUAGCUCGCAGAAGUCCAAUGUUGAUAAUUCCGGUGGGAAAAAUGUUAGUGGAAAAGGCCUGGAACAUGUUGAAGUAGAGGCGCAGAAACAGUCCCUUCCUUUGGAAGAUUCGAGCAACUUGAGAAUUGAGAACUUGGAUCCUAAAACAGGUGAUGAGGACAAUGCUUGCAGUUUCAAGCGGUUUGAUACAGCUAAAGAUCCUCUAGAUCAUUAUUUCCUUGGUGCAAGUGGUCAGAAUAAUGCUGGAAGGAAGUGGCUAAAGAAGGUUCAACAAGAUUGGAACAUCCUUCAGAACAACCUGCCAGAUGGAAUCUAUGUACGAGUAUAUGAGGAUCGGAUGGACCUCUUGAGGGCCGUAAUAGUUGGGGCAUAUGGUACACCUUAUCAAGAUGGUCUUUUCUUCUUCGAUUUUCACCUUCCUCCUGAGUAUCCUGAUGUGCCACCGUCAGCGUACUAUCAUUCGGGUGGUUGGAGGCUAAAUCCUAAUUUAUACGAGGAAGGCAAGGUGUGCCUUAGCCUUCUAAACACAUGGACAGGCAAGGGAAACGAAGUUUGGGAUCCAUCGUCUUCAAGCAUCCUUCAAGUCCUAGUUUCACUGCAAGGGUUAGUGCUAAAUGCUAAGCCAUAUUUCAACGAAGCUGGGUAUGAUAAGCAGGUUGGGACAGCCGAAGGAGAGAAAAAUUCGUUGGCGUACAACGAGAAUACUUUCUUACUCAACUGCAAGUCAAUGAUGUAUCUAAUGCGGAAGCCCCCGAAGGACUUUGAACAACUCGUCAAAGAGCAUUUCAGACAACGCGGUUAUUACAUACUUAAAGCCUGUGAUGCAUACAUGAAAGGCUACUUAAUCGGUUCUCUAACUAAAGACGCCUCUAUUAGUGACACGAACAAUGCAGACUCCAAUUCAGUUGGUUUCAAGUUGAUGUUAGGCAAGAUUGUGCCGAAGCUGUUAUCAGCACUUAAUGAAAUCGGAGCUGAUUGUCAAGAAUUCAAGCAUCUCCAGCAGUCGUAAUGUCGGGUUUCUAUAGACAUUAAAAAAACUCAAUAUCCCCCAUCAAAGCAAAACAAAGGUCAGUGCUGGAAUUUUCAAAUGUAAAUAUACAACUUCGGUGAAACAUUCUUCUUUCCUGUUUUUUUUUUAAAAAAGGGGCUUAUAAACAUAUUAGGAGCUGGAUGCACUUCCUUGGAGCAAAAAUCACAGGGUUCCUUUUCUCAGUCAUUUUGAAAUUCUUUUUUUUUUUUUUGACUAACUUAGAAUAUUCAAAACUUGUGCUGAUCUUUCUUAUUUUACUUCUUUUCUUUGAGUGAAUUUUGGUUUUCUUCACUGAUUUUGUUUUAGAACCCUAGGAAAUAGGAUUGAGAAGAGAGUCAGGGUUUUGGAUUGAUUGUUGACUUCAAAUGAUAAAUUGAUUUAAAUUGAAGAAAAAAGUAUCCUAUUGUCUCAAA